AUGGCCGCUGGAAAAGGAGGAAAAGGAGGUAAAGGAAUGGGAAAAGUAGGUGCUAAAAGACACUCUAGAAAAUCAAAUAAAGCUUCAAUUGAAGGAAUAACAAAGCCUGCAAUCAGAAGAUUAGCCAGAAGAGGUGGAGUUAAGAGAAUAUCUUCAUUUAUAUAUGAUGAUUCAAGAUAAGUAUUAAAAUCUUUCUUAGAAAACGUCGUUAGAGAUGCUGUAACUUACACUGAACAUGCUAGAAGAAAAACUGUUACUGCAAUGGACGUUGUUUAUGCACUUAAAAGAUAAGGAAGAACUCUUUAUGGAUUUGGUGGUUGA